CCACUCAGUCACGUGCCCCUCUGCUUCCUUCCGGGAUGAUCCACGAGCUGCUCCUGGCGCUGCGGGGCUACGCGGGGGGGCUCUUCGUGGCCAGCGGGGGGCUGCAGGUGGCUCCCGAAGCGGUGCCGGCGCUGAUUCACCCGAGCGAGGCCGCGCUGCUAGGCCGCCUCCUCCGCCUCGGCUCCUUCUACCUCCGCUUCAGCGAGUUCACCGAGCCCGCCAAUCAGAGCAGCAAUGCCGGCGAGGCCCCGCCCCCUCCCGCGCAGGCCCCGCCCCCGGCGCUCCCGCCCGCCCCGCCCCCACAGGAGUUGCCUCCGCCGGGGAUCUACCUGCGCGCCUUCUGUGCAGGGCUUGACGCCGUGCUGCAGCCCUACCGCCAGGCUUUGCUGGACCUGGAGCUAGAGUUCCUGGCCGACCCCCACCUGACUAUCGCCCACCUCAACUACUCCCUGGACCAGUUCCAGCUCCUCUUCCCCUCCUUGAUGGUUGUGGUAGAACAGAUCAAGACCCAGAAGAUCCAUGGCUGCCAGAUCCUGGAGGUGGUCCACAGGCAUAGCCGUGGGGGGCUGCCCCCUGUCCGCCAGGCCCUGGAGAGAAUCCUGGCCACCUGCCACGCGGCCAUGUACAAGCAGCUAUCGGCCUGGAUGCUGCACGGUCUCCUCCUGGACCAGUACGAGGAGUUCUUCAUCCGUCAAGGCCCCUCCUCCUCUUCCUCUGGAUCAGGACCUUCACAGCUGGAUGAGGAUGAGGAUGACCUGGGCAUCGGGGGCCUCACCGGGAAGCAGCUGCGGGAGCUGCAGGACAUGAGACUAAUUGAAGAGGAGAACAUGCUGGCUCCGUCGCCCAAGCAGUUCUCCCUCCGGGUCGAGAUGCUGCCUUCCUACAUCCCUGCACAUGUGGCCGAGAAGAUCCUCUUUGUGGGAGAGUCCGUCCAGAUGUUUGAGAGCCAGAACAUUAGCCUGACCAAGAAAGGCUCCAUCCUGAAGAACCAGGAGGAUACUUUUGCGGCUGAGCUGCACCGCCUCAAACAGCGGCCCCUCUUCAGCCUGGCAGACUUUGAGUCUGUGGUCGACUGGAUACGCAGUGCCGUGGCUGAGCACUUAUGGAAGCUGCUGGUGGAAGAAUCAGAUUUAAUAGGCCAGCUGAAGAUCAUCAAAGAUUUCUAUCUCUUGGGGAGAGGAGAGUUGUUCCAGGCCUUCAUCGAUACUGCCCAGCAGAUGCUCAAGACACCCCCCACAGCUGUAACAGAGCACGACGUGAACGUGGCCUUCCAGCAAUCAGCCCACAAGGUGCUGCUGGAUGACGACAACCUCCUACCCCUCCUGCACCUGACCAUCCACUACCACGGGAAGGAGCACCGAGAUGCUUCUCAGGCCCGCGAGGUGCUGCCUUCCCGUGAACUGUCACCCCACGAAUCCCCCACAUCCGGCUGGGCUGCACUGGGCCUCUCCUACCGGGUUCAGUGGCCACUGCACAUCCUCUUCACUCCAGCCGUCCUUGAGAAGUACAAUGUGGUCUUCAAGUACCUGCUGAGCGUCCGGAGGGUCCAGGCGGAGUUGCAGCAUUGCUGGGCCCUGCAAAUGCGGAGCAAGCGCCUGGAGUCCAGCCGGACGGACGCCAUCAAGUGGCGGCUGCGGCACCACAUGACCUUCCUGGUGGACAACCUGCAGUACUACCUUCAGGUGGAUGUCUUGGAAUCGCAGUUCUCCCAACUGCUGCAACAGAUCAAUGCCACCCGUGACUUUGAGAGCAUUCGGCGGGCGCAUGACCAUUUCCUGAGCAAUCUGCUGGCCCAGUCCUUCAUCCUGCUGAAGCCGGCUUUCCACUGCCUAAAUGAGAUCCUGGACCUCUGCCACAACUUCUGCACACUGGUCAGCCAGAACCGGGGGCCCCUGGAUGAGCGGGGAGCUGCCCAGCUGAGCAUCUUGGCCAAGGGGUUCAGCUGCCAGUCUUCUCUUCUAUUUAAGCUUCUGUCUAGCGUCCACAACCACCAGAUAAACUCAGACUUGGCUCAGCUGCUGCUGCGCCUGGACUACAACAAGUACUACACGCAGGCAGGGGGCACCUUGGGCAGUGUUGGGCUCCUAGACCAGUGAUUGGGCCAAUCCAGUUGUGACAUCAGAAAAAAAUGGGAGAAGGUGGAUGAAGAGCACGGAACUGCUGGUGCUUUAGGCUAAAAUGCCCCUCAGUGAAGGACUCUGCAUGAUUCCCAUAUUUUUCAUUAGCUCUUUGUUUACAAUCAAGAGAAGAUGACCAAGAUGUAACUGGAGCGGGAGUGACAACCUUUGUGGUGCUAAGGCUGAUCUGCUCCAUGGGGUAAAAACAAGAGGUGGUAGCAUGAAAAGACGAAGACCCCCCCCCCUUCCCUAGCAGAGGGAUGUCUGAGGACGUCGGCAGGAGGAGAGCCCUCUGUUGUCCUCCUGUGGCUUGUCUGCUCCAUAAUGUAUGGAAGGAAGGUCUGGCUGUUUUUUGCAGUCAGUCCCUCAUGACCGGAACCACUGAUGCUCCUCCUUCCCAUCCAAAAUGCCCUUAUUGCCCCAUGAAAUAUGUAGUGAAACAAAUUGAUCACGGGUUUCCUCAUGUUGAGGAAACCCAGAAGGUGUAACAUAUUUCUUUAACCAAUAAAAGAUAUCAUUAUAAAUAC